GUGGGAACAUAAAAAAUAAGUAAAUGGCACUAUAAUUUAAACAACAAACCCUCCUGAUAAUCAAUACCAUCAUAAAAUAAAUCCUAAUGUGGUUUGUAUUAAUCGUACCUUUGUUAUACACCUAAGUAUUAUUUAACCUUGAAUUGUACAAAUAAUGAUGACUUCAGAGGAUGAAAACCAUUUUAUGGAAAGAAACGGCAGUAAUGAAUCAGUACAAGUAAUAGUUCGUUGUAGGCCUCUUAGUGUUAAGGAAAUUGAUUCAAAAUGUUCCAGUGUAGUCAAAAUGUACCCCUCAAGGGGAGUUAUAGAAGUAGAAAACCCUAGGGCAAGAAGUGAUAAUGAAAAAAAUAAAUUAUUUACAUACGACUGUGUUUAUGAUGAAAAUUCAACCCAAGAAAAUCUAUAUGAUGAAACAGUUAGGCCUUUAGUAACAUCAGUUCUUGAUGGCUACAAUGGGUGUGUGUUCGCUUAUGGACAGACAGGAACUGGGAAGACGUACACGAUGGAAGGGGCUGAAGGAGAUGACAAGGGUAUCAUUCCGAGAGCGUUUGAGCAAAUUUGGUCACACAUAGAUAGAAAAACUGGUGUUGAAUUUUUAGUUAGUGUGAGAUAUUUGGAAAUAUAUAUGGAGGAAAUACGAGAUUUGCUAAAAAUUAAAAAUAACAAACCUCACGAUCUACGCGAAAUAUCAGGCCAAGGUGUUAUAGUAACCAAUCUUCAUUCUCAAACCUGUCAAAGCGUGAAAGAUAUGUUGAAGGCGAUGAAAAUAGGUAAUCAGAACCGGACGACUGGAACCACUAACAUGAAUGAACACAGCUCUAGAUCGCACGCUAUCUUCCAAAUAAUCAUCGAGAUGGCUGAAGAACAUUCGAAAACUAUGAAGGUUGGCAAACUAAAUUUGGUAGAUUUAGCUGGAAGCGAAAGACAGUCAAAAACCGGUGCUACAGGAGAUAGACUUAAAGAAGCUACAAAGAUUAACAAAGCUCUAUCUUCACUAGGAAAUGUGAUAUAUGCCUUAGCUGAAAAUUCUUCUCAUAUACCAUAUAGGGAUUCGAAGUUAACAAGACUUCUGCAAGAUUCUCUUGGUGGUAAUAGUAAAACGAUCAUGAUAGCAAAUAUUGGACCAGCUAGUAUGAAUUAUGAGGAAACAGUCAUUACAUUAAGAUACUCAUACAGAGCAAAAUCAAUUAAGAACACUCCUGUCAAGAAUGAAGACAUCAAAGACGGCAGACUUUUGGGACUACAGCAAGAAAUCGAACGUCUGAAACAGCUGAUAAUGGAAAAAAGUAACGGCGCCUUCAGUGCCAAUCCUGAUGAGGGUGGGGAAACAGAGAGUGAAAGUGAAGACGAUAUUAACAUAGAAGAAAGUCAAAAGAAGUUGGAGUUGGGCAAAAUGGAAGUGGACGAGCUGGCGAAAAAGUUGAAGAAUUUGGAAAAACAGAUGGUUCACGGCGGGAAAAAUAUCGUCGAUAGUGUUAACGAGAAUGAAAUCAAGCUUGAACAACAGAGAUCAGAGAUAGCAGCAAGAAAGAAAAAAGAAAUGGAAAUGCAGCAAAAAUUGGAAAUGGAAGAAGAAACUUGCACCGAACUUAAACAAGUGUUUGCAAGCUUGCAACAACAAGUUGAUUUUAAGAAAGAUAAAAUAAAGCGAUUCAACAAUAAAUUACAGUCCAUUCGACAGGAGAUCCGAGAUAAUCAUGAAGUUUACAUUAAAGAUCGGCAAGAGAUAGAGGAAGCCAAUGACGAAGCUGCAUUAAACCUAAGAAAAUGGUUUUUGAUAAUAGACAACUUUGUACCGACAGAAGAACGAUCUCGAUUAACAAACUUGGCUCAAUUUGAUGAGAAUAUUGAUAAUUGGAUUUUAAGAAAAGAGAAAAUCAGAAUCAAUCCUGUUGACAGGCCACUAGCUCAUAGUUACCGGAGACCAAUAUCAGAUACUGCCAUUCAGAUGAAUGCAACAUCGCCUAAAUAUAGGGGAGAAAAUGUACUGGACUUAAAACUGGAUAUGCCUCUGAGAACCACUCAGGAUUACACUCCACCCGCCGUUUGCCCUCAAAUAAAGUCCAUUGUAACAGACGUCAUUCGAAAAGAAAUGGAAAGCAACCAUAUAGUUGUUAAGAUGCCUUCCCACUCUAUGGGACGAACUUUAUCAUCAAAAUUAGAACAGGAGGGAAAGUAUAAGCAAGCUACCAAAGUAAUGGUGGAUAUGCAUAACUACAGGAACCGCUCGGCUGCUAAAUCUGCCCGAUCUUUCCAAUGAAGAUCUAAAGGAAGGAGAGGAAUUCUGCAUUUUACUACUUUUUUGUGAUAUACAUUGAGUUGAAAUGUUUAUGCAGCUUUUUUAGAUUUUUAUUUUUAUAUAUUUGUUAACCAACGUACUUUAUAAUUUAUUUUUUUAUACAAUUAUACACGUAUUAUUUUUAUCACCAGUGAUAUCUUUUAAGUAUUACGUUUAUUUUAAAAGAAAAGAGAAUAAGUUGUAGUUAAGUUUUUAAAUGGUAGAUUAUCAGCUUUAAAGUUACUACUUGAUGCAAAAGAUAUUAAGCAUCUCUCUAAUUAUUAGUUUAAAAUAAAAGUUGCAAUAUUAGAUCUCAUUUUGAAUAAGAGUAUAUUAAGACUGUAUCCAGCAAAGAGCAUCUGUAAAAUUAUGCUGUUUUUUUGCGUCCUAUGGUCAGCUGUCAAUUAUUGACAGUUAUCAAUUAUUUAGAUCUGUCAAUAUGUCACGAAAUCUCCCCGAACUGCACCAUCAGAUUAAUUUUUAGAACGGUUUGAA